AUGGCAACCUCCUGCUCCGUCGCGACGAUGGACCCGCCGAGCGCUGACGUUACUUCCGCAGACACGGAGGUGGCGCUUUUGCGCGCGGAGGUGCAAAGCCUCAAGGAAGAGAUGCGGUCCAUGAAAGAAACGGUCACGAAAGAAGUGCUGGACAAAAUCCGAUCGGAGAUCCGCCAGUUGCAACACGAAUCCGCAGCUCGGGACAGAGCCCAAACCCCGUCCUUCUUCCCCCGUCGCGCGGCCGGUCCCUUGAAAAUCGAUGUGAAAACUAGUACCGCGACGACGCAGCCCUGCUGGCUCGCGAGAGACCAUCACCAGCAAACAAGUGGGUUGACCCCUUCCCCCACAACCACGACCAGCACCAACACGACUUUGCUCUCCUCUUCUGCCGGCGGGACGCCCAGUAUCGCCGCCACGAAAGUUAAUAUUCAGCCUGCGAACAACAAUCCUGCAGCUGUGAUGCAACAACAUGGGCUUCCGGAGCACCAAACUGGUACAACUUCUAGUUGCAAGCCGAUCGCGAUCAAAUUGAACAAUAGCACCAGCACCACUUUCUCAAAGGAACCCGCACAGGUUGCGAACGUCACGGUGAUCCCCCCGCCGCCGACAAACGCGUCUACCACGAAUAAAUUCGCCGCUCUGGGUUUUGUGGACACGACGAAUAGUACAACAACCGGGAGUACAGCGACCAAUUUUGUUCACAACAACGGGGCAGGUGCGAAUAAACACUACUGGUCCACCCGAAACCACAACAACCCCGGUGGUCCCGGCGGCCGCACGCCCGGACCGACGAGAUUUGUCGCGAAUCCGAUUCUCCGCUCGCUUUCCCCUGUCAUGGGCAUUCGCACGCCGGGACCGUCAAUCCGCGUGGCGUCGGUUCCGAAGCAGAAGCCGCACUACAUCAAGCCCAGUGCAAGUUUGGCGGCGAACCCAGUGAUGGUAAGGAGGGAAAAUAACAAUCCCAAUUUCGCAUCAAACACAAAUAUCAAAAACCCGACAAAGAAGGAAGAAGUCACCCUCGCGCCAAGCGCGGCGGAGAUGGUGGGUUUAACGGGGACUACCGAAACUGACGUAGCGAAGGCUGGAAUUAUCACGCCGGGGUCAAAUGUUGACAACAAACCGGCAUCAAGUGGUUGUAAAAAUGCGGUGAUGCUGUCUACCGGCAAGACACUCGUUUUGAACACGUCCGUGAUCGCGCGGAACCCCCUGGUUGCAACGGGAAACGGGCAGGAGCCGACGAUCCGUAGAUCAGGGAGCUCUACCAUGAACAAAAACAACUCCCGGACCAGCAGCAUUGUGCCGAUGGUAACGCGAGGAGGAGAUAAUCUUCCGGUUUCUUCUUCUAUCACGAUGGACCCGAACCGUCCGUCUUUUUCCCGGGAGCCCCGACUCACGGUGGAGGACGAGGAUUUGCAGCCGGACGACAGCAAAUCGGCGACCACGGAAAAGGAGGACGAUGAACGCGAGGAGACCGUGGAGAACAUUGCCUUGAAAGAUUGCAAUGCCAGCCGGGCUAUGAAUUGCAAAAGUAUCGUACUCGUACAAAUGCAUUACAAAUUUCCUCAGCAUGAGAAACAAAAUUUGUAAUGCGGAUUUGCCUUAAGACAAAAAUUUGUAAUGCAAGACUUGCAUUUAUACGAAUGCGAUACUUUUGCACAGGAUACGGGCGGAAGAUGACGAAAACGAUGAAAACGACCUCUGCAACUCCGACAAUGACCAGGAUGAGCGCAUGUCGAUCGCUAUCAAAUGUAAGAAUGUCUGGGUCUGGAAGAGUGCAUUUUUGUCAUGCUUGUCUGGCAUGACUCUCAAAUCUGUCAUGCACGUUACCCAAGAGCACAAUUUUUCUGUCAUGCAGAAACGCAGUCUGUCAUGCAGAAUAGGCAUCACCUAGAAGCUUAGAAACUUGUCAUGCUGAGCCAGCACUUGUGGCCUCCUCAUGAUAUUAUGCCACCCAGCAUCACAAGUCUCCAGACCCAGACAUUUUUGCAUUUGAUAAUCGCGACUCUACCGCCAGAACGAGGGUCGGAACGAGGGUCGGUGCAGGCUGCGAGGAUCAGCCACCCUUUGGUGGAGGAGUUCAGCUGCUAAAACUUCCACACGAAGGUUAAACAACAUUUUUGCGAUUUUAUUUCAGCAGCUUUUUCACAGAGUAAGUAGUCGAAUUUUGCUACUUAUACCAGUCGAACAAGCUACGAUUGUGUUGGUUUUCGCCGCUUUCAAAGUCAAAGUGGGAGAACCGUACCACUGUAUUUUUUCAAACUUCUUUAUUUUGUCGAGUUGACGGCUCGAUGAACGCGAUGGCUUUUACCAAGUGUUGGGAUUCGAACUUCGUAGAAAACAAAGUUUCGAAACAAAUUCAGUAUAAUGCCCACUUGAUGCAUUUGCAU